GCUGUCCCAGCGCUCACUCUCUCUUUCUGUCUCACUCUCUGCGCUGCCCGCCUGAAUACAGUCUACAGCCGUGAGUGCUACUGAGUUACAGACAGACAGACAGAGAGCAGACUGGCUGGUUGGACCGGCGCGUUUCCGAUACAACACUGCAUCAUUGUCUCAGAGCAGAGGGAAGGCAGACUUUAGCACAGGUACAUACUGGUCUUCACAGAUAGAGGCAGAAAUGUUGUUUAAAUUUGCAAUAGUGCUGCUGGUUUUGUCACUUUUGGAGCAAGUGGUGGGAUUGGAUAAUAUCGAUGUUCAUGACAACCCGUCAGAGAAACCGGCAAGCCAGAAAGGACGGAUGUCUCUGCAGAACACAGCUGAGAUCCAGCACUGUCUGGUGAGUGCAGGAGAUGUGGGCUGCGGUGUGUUUGAGUGUUUUGAGAACAACUCCUGUGAGAUCAGAGGCCUGCAGGAGAUCUGUCUGACCUUCCUACACAACGCCGGAAAGUUUGAUUCCCAGGGUAAGUCGUUCAUCAAGGAUGCUCUGAAGUGCAUGGCCCACGGCUUGAGACACAAGUUCAGCUGCAUCAGCAGGAAGUGCCUGGCCAUUAAAGAGAUGGUGUUCCAGCUGCAGAGAGAGUGUUACCUCAGACACAACCUGUGUUCUGCAGCCAAGCAGAACGUUGCUGUCAUGGUGGAGAUGAUCCACUUCCAGGACCUUUUCCCUAAAGGGCCGUAUGUGGAGCUGGUCAACAUCCUACUGAGCUGUGGGGAAGAGGUGAAGGAGGCCUUAACCAGGAGCGUCCGGCUGCAGUGUGAGCAGAACUGGGGGGCUCUCUGUGACAGCCUGAGUGUCUGCUCUUCCCUCACCCCCCCUCCUGGUCAGGCCCCCGCCUCCCCCGACCACCGCCGCCACAGGUCCCCCCACUCCGAGCCAGACCACCCCAGACCCCCCCGACAGGGGGACAAGGACAAGCCCAGUAAAGGCGGCUUCAACGCCCACCCCCGCAGCCGCAGCCAGGGUCCCCGUCGACAGAGCCCCGAGGCUGGGGUGGCGGCGGAGCAGGAAGGCUCUGAGGCCACAGACAUCCGGAGGUGAAGAGACAUUGAACCCUAACUAUCCAGAGCCCUCCCUGACCGUGUCACCAUCAUAGCCCCCCCCCCCCCCCCCC